UGACCUUUGAGGCGCAAUGAAGGAAACUGAGGCGGGGUUCUGCUUCCGAGCUCCUCUCCCUGUUUGUGACUUGGAUGAUGAAGUACCGCUUUAUCCUGACACGAAACGAAUAAAGUUAUGCUCAUCUCGUGUCUCAAGUGUUUACGAGCGAAUCUUCAAUCGGAAUUGCCGGGAUCUUAGUUGGAAAGACAAAAGCAACAACAUCACAACUUACAACGGUUCUUCCUUUAGAAAUCUAGUAAGAAGUUCAAAAUGACUGUAUUUUUGAUUUAUCAUCUCUGAUUUUGCGAGUAUUCACAUCAAAUACAAUCCCGGUAGAAAUUUAUGUCUUCCUAUCAGCCUCAAUUUCUAAUACAUUACGUAUCUUUAGAUUUUAUUUGUAGUUUCGAAAGAUUUAAGUCGCUUGCAGAAAUCACUUCAGUGGUGUGAUUUUGUUCUUUGUUCCUGGCUUUGAUGAUAUUCGUUGUCAUUCAGGAUGAAUUCUUACUUAGUAUCCUUUUCACAAACAAAUAUAAGGUUUUGGAGUAGUAUAGUGAUACCUUUCAGUAUGUAUCUGUGUCUUAUCAUCCAGUAACAUUGGUUUAAAGUUUAUCUCCUGUUUUUGUUUGACCAUCAUCCUAAAGAGCCAAUGCGUCAGAUUUCUUUCUAGCAAAGGAUCUGCAGACUACUUCGCAGUUAUUGAUUUGAUUACUAACUUAACUUUUUAACCGAAUUGUAGUUAGUGUUAAUUAAUCGCAAAUAUAGAGUGGUUGAUUUUGGAGUAACAUUUGUAACACUGUGAUCAUCCAUUAGACGAAAUAUACAGGUCGUUUUUUGAUAAAUUUGUUAUUUUGUAGAUAUGGCUUGUCAAAACAUUAUGAUCAUAUAUGUCCCAUAGAGUUAACCUUUCAGCCUAGCUAAACUCCUACGUAAUAAGUUAACCCCCAGCUCAUAAGUAAUGAAUUUUUCUCUCGGUAAUUUAACUAUAUCCAUUUUAAAUCGCUUUUCGGAACUUACAGUUUCCUAUUGUUUAUCUCUUAUUUUCCGACUUGUUUAUCGAGCGAGACUAUAAUUUAUGGACGACCUAUGAACGAAUCUUAAGUGACCUUGAAAAAUAUUAGUCAAUCAGCAAAGUCAUUAUAGAGUAAAAAUCUAUUAUACAAAACCAAAGAAAUAAAGUAGAUACACCUAUUAUACAUGGUUCCAAAACUUGUCAAGGUAAGAAAGAGGUUCGGAGGUUCUAAAAUCGUAGUGCAUGCAGUAGAAGAAAUCGUCCCUAUGGCUACAGAAUGACCGGUCUCUCGAACCAUGAUAAGAUAGCAAAAACUCUUUCAGCCUCGACCACAUAGUUACAAUAUCGUUUGUGUGCACUCCGGUUGUUGAGUACACAAAAUACUACUUGUGAAUAACGACACGAUGCACAUAACCAGGCCUGUGUAGAAGUUUGUACGCUCUCCAAACAUCCAUAUAUAUUGUAGUACCUAGCUGAGGCCAGUGUUACUUGUAAUUUUAUUAUCCAGUUCGCGAUAAUUGUCAUAAUUUGCUUUAGUUAGGAUUUAUGUAUAGGGUUUUCAUCACGAACUGACGUCAGCUAUAAUGCCAAAACUAUUUAGUCGCACCAAAAUCCGUGAUUCGUUCACAAAUUAUAGUCUCGCUAUUUUAUUUGUUAUAGUCGCUCAAUUAUCACGUUUUGCAUAAAAUUCUCUGUAAACCGAUCAUACAUUAGCACUAAGUACUGAAGUUGGCUCUGUGACCUUGAAAUCCCUCGAACGCUUCUGAUUGGCUCGUCCAUAAAUUAGGGUAUCGCCGUUUAUCGUAUUAACUUUGAUGUCCUCAUCCUUCCUUUGUUUCUUGUGCCUCCUAAAAGUGCGGUAACUUGGACCACAUCUUAUUUCCGUUAGAUGUGGUUUGUGCGAUGUACUUUUCGAUGUAUAAAAAUUAGCCUUCGAGGUUGGUUUUUCGCGAGCGUUAUCACUUAUGAAACUCAAAAAAACACUAGGUUUCCCACCACUUCACAUCAAUAUUUAGUUCAUGUCUCCGUUUAACCUAUAUCAAGAUGAUAUUUAUGCAAGACAUCGUAAUAUUUUUUAAUAUGGUGCAGCCCAGUGGUCAAGAAAAAGCUAUGGCAAACUUUUAGUCAUAUAGGGAAAAUAGAGAUGACUUGCGUAGUGAAGCGGACAGAUGGAAUCCAAAAAUAUAACGCGACCAAGUUUCGCAUAUGUAAACCACAGGAUGUAUGUAUGUUAAAUAUAAUAUUCAUUUUUGUUUGCAUCUGAAGCAUAAAAUACGUUGAUGGGUAAUCCACUAUGACUGUCAGUUCACGCGAAUCGUGAUUAUUUUCAUUUGUUUUCAGAUUCUGUCUCAGAAUGAAUCUAAACUAUGCCAAGUAAUUCUGAAAUCCAGUUUUGAGUUAAAAAAAGGAAAAUAAUUAAUAUUUUAGAACUUUUUUGAUUGUAAAGAUUUCAAGCUGAUAGUUUAGUUUCCAUCCUGAUUUUAUGCGUUUACUUUUUUUAAAGACACUUUCGAUCAAGUGUUCACUUGUACAUGAUACCUAAAGGUAUAUGGUCUUAUUUAUGGUGCCAAGUAUCCAAAAGUUAGUCAACGUUCAGAUAAUUCAUCAUUAUCAUCACUGCACUUACUAACUCUUCCAAAUCUACUACAUCUGUACACCUUAAUCUGGUAUCUACCAUAACAGUAGUCUUAUUUUCAAUUGCAUUGUUUUCCUGCUUUGAUCGUUUCUUGUCAUCAUCUAGUGAUUAGAAAGAUGUUAAAUAAUGGAAAGUAAUCCGCUCAAACUCAAAAUAUUUCACGUAUUUUAUCAUGCCAUAUUCUCAGCAUCCCCUAACGGUAAAUUAUGUUUCAGCUACCAUCCGUGAGUUUGAAGGCAUUUAAUCGGCCUGGUGAUGUUUGUCAUUAUUUCCUACAAAAUUUUGUAUCCGAUAAUCGUACCUACUCGCAAAAAAUGAAGCAGUCAUCCGUUUUCAGCUCUACUCCGUUUAGUGGUCACACAAAGUCAUCUCUAGGAAAAAAUCACAUCUCAUCUGAAAGGCAGAUAUAUCAACGGUUAUUAGAUAAGGCGUCAUCAUUUUCCCGAACUCCUAUUGGCAAACCUACGAAUAAUGCAUGUGGUCCCAUCACUAUAAAUCUUGACGAAAUUAAAGAUAAUCAAUAUUCUUUAUUGCGGCAAUGUAAUCUUUCUCCAAUCCUUCCAAGGAACCGAAUCCAGCGAAUUGACGACGCUAGAACAAAUCAUCAAACUGUCUCUAUCCCAUCUUCAGAUACCAGUGACUCGAAAACUCGUGCGUGGCUUGAAAGUAUUGCAGAAUCUCCCUACUUAUCGGAUAACUGGCUUAACAACUUGACUUCAAGCUAUCAGGCUAAAAAGAAUGAACGUGAACGUGACUAUGAGUUGGCGAGAGCAAACAUACGAUUUUGGGAGAAGCAGCGUGCUUCAGCUGAAAAAGAGCGUAUUGACAAUCUUGAACAGAGACUUGCUUGUUUACUAAGAACACCUCCUAUUCUGGAAGAUCCAUAUUUAGUACCUCAACCUAUUCCCAUUGAACUACCAUAUAAACCUGUCAAAGUUAAAGAACCCAAAGUACCAGCUCUUCCUGUUUUAACUGCACCUCAACUAGCUGAGAUUGAAGCAGCUCUUCGUGUUGGUUCUCCAGAUGAAGUACUUGUAGAUAAAUUUAGAUUAGUUAUUACACGUCGUGAAUUAAUGACAUUAACUGGAACAAAUUGGUUAAGCGAUAUGGUAAUCAAUUUCUACUUACAAUUGUUACAACAUCGAAGUCAACAUCAAACAAAUCUUCCUCGUAUCGCUGUUUUAUCAACAUUUUUUUAUGCAAAGUUAACAGCACCAAUAGGUGGAGGUUAUUCAGGAGUGCGACGUUGGACACGACAAUCAAAAUUAUUUGAUCAAGAUAUUGUACUUAUUCCAAUUCAUGACAGAGGAAUGCAUUGGUGUUUAAGUUGUAUUGAUUUACGUGUCAAAACGAUAACAUAUUACGAUUCCAUGGGCUCUGGUAACAUGAAGUGUUUGGAACAGUUAAUGGAUUAUUUGAAAAAUGAAUCAUUAGACAAAAGAAAUGUUGAACUGCCAGAUCCGGAUUCUUGGAAACUCGUUAAUACAGAGGACACUGUUCCUCAACAGUACAACGGUUCCGAUUGUGGUGUUUUCCUCUGUACAUUUGGUGAAUUCAUCUCUCGUGAUGCUUCAUUUACAUUUUGUCAGGAUGAUAUGCCAGGAAUACGUAAACGUAUGAUGUAUGAAAUAUUGACACAACAAUUAUUAACUACAAAUUUCAAACUAAUUGAUAGUGAUAAAUAAACAAAUAAAGAAAAAAAAACAAGAUGUUUUUGUUUUAAAUGGAGAUUCUUUUUUCUACAGUCGUUGUUCUUUUCUUUUUUCUUUCUUUCUUUCUUUUUCUCUCUCUGUUGUAUUGUAUGUAUGUAUGUAUGUAUGUAUGUAUGUAUGUAUGUAUGUAUGUAUGUAUGUAUGUAUGUAUGUAUGUAUGUAUGUAUGUAUGUAUGUCUUCUGUGUCUUUUUCCCCCCCUAACAAAUCUGUAUACAAUACCUUUUAUUUAUAAAAGAGUUUAAAAACUUUAUUUUUGUUUAAAAUAUAUAUUCAUAAUAUUCUAUUUCUAUUUAACUGAAUAGAAAGAAUUUCAAUUGUUUCUAUGGAGUUUUGCCUACUUGAAAAUUACAUAAUGUAACUCAUCAAAUUACAUGUCUAUCUAUUCG